AAAAUUGUCAAAAUAUUAAAUAUUUCACUUUGCAUUUUGCAAUAACUCAAGAGUCGUGCGUUUUAUUACAAAUAUUUUUAUAUUGUUGUAUCGUAGACCUCGAUUAAAAGAUUUUUAUUGAGAAGUCAAAAAAACUUAACAUGGGUCUGAAUAGUGGAAUCCCUGAAGAUAAACUUCCACAGUGUUGGUCGGACGAUGUGCGAAUGAAUGCCCUUUUUGCACCCUUCCGAUUAAAGUCUGCGAAUCCCGAAUCUUGGGAUAUGAAGAUGAAGUUCUGGUCUGAUAUAGCGAGGCAGUGGUGUAAAUAUAAGAACGAUCCCAUUAUAUCUGCGUCGGAUUUAAAAUUCACGUUCCAGCGUAAAGGCCGCACUGCGGCAUGCAUUGAUAUUGUAGUGGAGGAAAUGUAUAGGAACGGCGACCUCUGCCCCAUUUCCAAGUACCAGCAGAUCCUCCACAACGGCCCAGAAGGCUGGAUGUGGUGGGGCGCCAAGCUUGCGUUCAAACCGGCGGCGAUCGCCCUCACAGCUGUGACGUCACUGCUGCCAGCGAGGCAGGCAGUCGAUAAUGACGGCCUGCCAAAGUCGAAUAUAGAUGCGACGCAGCGGUUUGUUGUGGAGAGUGCUGUUAAGGAGCAAGCGACCCACCUCCUCAACAACUUCCCUCCCGGCGCAGAACGCGUGGGCACCAUCGACGAUCUGAUGAGAGCCUCCGGGCACACAAAUAGAGAGACCUUUGAGAUACUGCUGGGUUAUCUGGUGGCUCAGGGGGCCGCUGUCAAACAGGAUGAUGUUGUUAAAUUGGCGGAACCAAACAAAAAAGCGGAUCCGAUCACGGAAAUGGACCACGCGCUCGUGAAGCUCGUCUCCGCUGAGAGGAGACUGGACACAGACGCAAGUAGACUAGCCCGGGAAGUGGAGACGACUGACAACGAUGUGAGAGCCGCCCUCAAGCUGGGGAAUAAGCUCGCUGCCAAGAACCAUCUCCGUCGCAAGCACAAGGUCCAACUGCGUUUACAGCGCUGCGAGUCAGCGCUGGAGAACGUUCGCCAGCUGCUGCAGCAGGCGCGCGACUCGGAGGUUAACAGCGCUGUUGUUGAUACUUACCGGACAAGCGCUCAAGCAAUGAAGAGUACAAUGAAAGGCGCGGGCUUGGAGGAGGACCUCGUGCACGACACUAUGGAUGAUCUGAAGGAGGUGAUGGACACAUACAACGAGGUCGAAAAGGCGUUAGGUGGAACGAUAGAUGACGUGGAUAUAGCCGAGUUGGAACAAGAGCUCAACGAGUUGAUGUCAGGAACAGGUGGUGGGGGUACACCGCAGAAACAGACUGGGAAUGAAGAUGUGAAACUCCCAUCUCCCCCCACACGGACCCCGCGCAAGGAGUCCGAAAGGGAGUUCGUGUUCGACGGCGAGGAGAGGAUGUUGGCAGACCUCGACCGGCUCGGGGAGGACACUGGGAGGGGAAUGGCAGAAGCCCUAAAAGUGAGUCCCAAGCGGAGCCCUAAAUCACAAACGGAACCGUGGAGCUCAGCGCAGGGCGAGUGGGAGAGUGAAUCAAGCGACCGCGGGUAUGGCGAGCUGCGACAGGACGAGAGACUGCAUCCCGGGCAACCCCUAAACGUGGACUUCACGACCCCCCCCCGGCACUACGGCGCCGAGUUCCAAGUGCGCGACCACCGCGCGGCGGCCGGCGUGUGGCUGUUCAACAGCGCUGACCGAGCCGCUGUCAGACAGCACGACGGUCCUGAAACAGCGAAAGCGGAGAGUUUCGUAGUAGCGCCGGGCGGAGAGAGGCAGAGUAAAAAGAGUGAAGCCAACGAUCUCGACGAUAUAGAGAAGAGACUUCACAACCUGCGGGGAUUCCGCUCCUAGUGGAUAAAACUUCACGUCCUAAAUAGCGAGAUUGCGCAAGUUAUAAUCAUAUAAUUUUGUCGAACAGCAAUAAUUAUUAUUAGUGUUAAAUAUUGUAAAUAUGUUCGUAAAAAAUAAUAGAAAUAGAUUAAAUUGUAGAUAGGUGAAGAAAAAAAUUGGAAAAAUCCAGAAAAAAAUGUACAACUAACCGUGUAUCUUUGGGGAUGAAAUUUGUAUAAAAGUAGGUAUGUUUUACAAGUACGUUACGAGCAAAAGGAUCUUGAUUUUAAUAGAUCAUAAUAAUAUUGCUAGAAGAUUUAUUUUCAAUGAAAUUUUAUAGAAUGGGAAUACUUGUAAAAUAAAUGUUAGAAAAAAAAAUGUG